AUGCGCCUCUGCCAACACCAAAUUCUGCUACUACAACAACUACAGCCUCUCCCAGCCCCGUUACUUCUGCAAGGGCUGCCGCCGCUACUGGACCAAAGGCGGCUCCCUCCGCAACGUCCCCGUCGGCGGCGGCUGCCGCAAGAGCCGCCGCUCCUCAAAAUCCUCCCGCUCCGCAGCCCUCCGCGCAACUCCCGCGGCGGAGCCGGAAACCCACAAGACGGCGGCGGCGGGAUCGGAUAUCGAUAUGGCCGUCGUUUUCGCCAAGUUCUUGAACCCCGAUUCGGCGGGGGUCGCGAGCUGCGGGAUGGUGAUGAGCGCCGAGCAGGAUGGGUUUCUGUUCCCGCCGGCGGCGGCGGCGGGAUCGUACGAGUUCUUCGAUCUUUUCCGGGAAGACGGGUUUCUGGAGGCGGCGGCUCUGCCGCCGGGGUUGCAGACAUUGUUGAGCGACGAGAUGGCGCAACUGGAGGCGGCUAUGUGGUCGUCGACGGCGGGGAACGAUCCCGUUCCGGCGACGGCGGCAUGGGAAACGCCGCAGCCGCAGGAGCAGGGGUUUGA